UAAGAGGUUUCUGUGAAUUGGUGAGAAGGGUGCAAACACAAACCCCAAACUCUCACAGUGUAUCCUAUAGCACGCACCUGUAAAGCACGGAAUAGAUCAUUCAAGACACCUGCAGAAUCUGUACAAGACCGAGGCUGAAAGAUCCGAUUAUGAGCGCACAAAAUGUUGGAUCCAGAGGUGGACAUCAGGCUUUCAGGCUGCACAUGGUCACGUGGAAUGUUAGCACAGCAGAGCCACCUGCUGAUGUGAGGACAUUACUGCACCUUGACUCACAGCCGGCCACUGACCUCUAUGUGAUUGGUCUACAGGAAGUGAAGGCCACUCCAGUGCAAUAUGUCUCUGAUCUCAUUGCUGAGGAUUCAUGGAGCCUCCUCUUCAUGAACACUUUGGCACCAAUGGGAUAUAUCAAGGUGACUUCAGUGAGGAUGCAGGGUUUGCUGCUGAUAUUGUUUGCAAAGCAGGACCAUCUGCCUUUCAUCAGAGACAUCCAAAGUACAUACACCCGCACUGGCCUGUUUGGAUACUGGGGAAAUAAGGGUGGUGUUUCUGUGCGUUUCUCAUUUUACGGUCACAUGCUGUGUUUUCUGAACUGUCAUCUGGCGGCUCAUAUGAACUACGCCCUGCAACGCAUGGAUGAGUUUGAAUAUAUACUGGACAUGCAAGAUUUCGAUAUGUACAACACACCGAAUGUGCUAGACCACAAGGUGGUCUUUUGGUUUGGUGAUCUGAACUUCCGUAUCGCUGACCAUGGGAUGCACUUUCUCCGUUCCUCGAUCAACAAUGGCCGUUUUAACCUGCUGUGGGAGAAAGAUCAGUUGACCAUGAUGAAGAAGAAAGAACCUAUUCUUCAGGAGUUCGAAGAGGGACCAUUGUGCUUUAAACCCAGCUAUAAAUUUGACCGUUUCUCUGAGACUUAUGAUACAAGAGCACCGAAGACAUGGUUUGGCUUUACUGGUAAAAAGCGGAAGCCUGCCUGGACGGAUCGUAUCUUGUGGAGGAUAAAACCCAAAGCUGCAGAGACAGAGGAUGAGAAUAGUUCGACAACAUCAUCAGUUGGCGAUGAUGAGUAUCCUGUUAAGGUGAUGCAGGACAUGUACACCUCUGAUGUCUCAUACGGGGUCAGUGACCACAAACCUGUCAUUGGGACCUUCAAUCUGGAGAUGAGGAAAAAGGUGGACACACCUCUAGUCACACUGACAAUGGACGGACACUGGAAUGCAGAUGAAGAUAACACAUUCACCUACACCAUCCUGGAAAACUUUGAAUCCUCAACCUGGGACUGGAUCGGACUGUACAAGAUUGGCUUCAAAAGUGCCUCCGAUUACUCCACCUUCACCUGGGUCAAAGAUGAUGAAGUGGCUGCCAAUGGUGAAGCUGUGACGGUCCAUAUUAAAAAUGAGCACCCCCUGCUGGCAGGGGAUUAUGUUCUGGGCUAUUACAGCACCAACAUGCAAACCCUCAUCGCCUUUAGUCCAACUUUCCAGAUUCUAGAGUCUAAACGAGCUGUAAAGGUUCCUGAGAACAUCAACGGACAUGAGAAAUAACUGGAAUCUUCCAACCUGUGGGGCGUAUGUAAAAACAGCAGGAGGUUUGAUCUUUCUCCUUGUGUGAACAGACUUUGUUCAGUUUGGUUUUGAAAGGUAGAGCUGAUUCUGAAACAGUCUGAUAUGAGUGUGGUUGAAAACUGAAGUCUUUGAAAUUUUUUAACACCAGUUUAGUCACACUGCUCUUUACUUGUCUGUGGCUGAAUUUGUUGUACAAGCUCCUGUAAACACGCACACAUAUUAUCCCAGUUCUCAUCCCAUGGCGUCAUAUACUGACGCUUUUGACAAUGUGUUUACAUCCAAUGCACAUGACACCCUUUAGCGUCAAUAUGAG